AAGAAACUGAAGAGGGAAAUAGUAGGAGAGCUCAAGAAGAAAUGAGUGUUAAAGAAGUUGAAGCAUUAAGAAGGAAAGUGAAAGAGUCGGAAGAUGAGUUGGAGGAGAAAAACAUGAUGAUCGUGGAGGGGGUUCGAGAUAAGUUUUGGUUAGAGCAAGAAUAUCGGAGAUUAAGGAAAAAAGUAAAUUGGUAA